AGGAAGUGAUUGCAGUUUGUGAGAAAGUGGGAUCUCCUUUGUAAUACUUUAGAAAAUACACCUGGCUAUCAGUGCAUUAAGAUCAAGAUCACGUUACCCUGCUGUACUCAGACUAGACAACCACUGCAGAUAAUGCAAGAAUUCAGCACUGGUUGACAUUUUGACUACUCAAUGGCAAAAGAUGGUUGCUGAAACGAGAGAUGCCAUAUCUUGGUAUCAAGAGAAGAUUGGGGCCUAUGAUAAGCAAAUAUGGGAGAAAUCAGUGGAACAGACCGAGAUCAAGGGUCUAAGGAACAAACCAAAGAAGAUGGUCAAUAUUAAAUCUGACCUGAUUGAUGUUGAUCUGGUGAGAGGAUCAACAUUUGUCAAAACUAAGCCAGAAAGCCCUUGGACGUCUCUUACUCGGAAAGGCUUAGUGAGGGUGUUGUUAUUCCCAUUGUUUUGCAAGUGGUGGGUGCAGGUGACUAGCCCUGGGGUUUUCAUAUGGUUACUAAUUCUAUACAUCAUGCAAGUAACAGCCAUUGUCUUUUAUUCCAUGGUGCCUGUUGCUAGUGCAAGCGAGCAGAUUGGACCUUUGUGCUUAAUGCUUCUUCUAGGAACGGUUCAUUGUCAGAUAGUAUCAACCAAAAGUAGCAUAAUAUCAGGGACAGGUGGAAACAAAAUAUUAAGAGUUAAAACUGGAAACCUAUCAAAAAAGAUGUGCGAUACAGACAGUAAUUCCCAUAAUUUUCAUACUGUGGCAAAGGACAGAACUUCUUUUAGACCUGGGAUUCAUCAGUCUAACAAUGAGGCAUCCGAUGGGGAUAACAAUCAGUUUCAAUUGAAUGGUAAUGGUAUAUCAGAAGAUCUGACAAGUGAAGACGAUAUGGAUGCAAAGAAUGAAAUGUCUUCCCUGCAAAGAAGUACAGAAGAGGCAUCAGGUGAUAAUGGAUGCACUCUAACCAAGAGGAAUUUGCACUCAGUUGCUAAAAAGAGCACUCAGGAAAAGUUCAAAAAGGAAAGGCAGCCUUCCUGGGAGUCAGAUAGUUCUGUUGAGACAGAAGAAGAAGAAUCGGUCUUCAGCCAGGCCUCCAGAUCUGGAAAAAGCGGCAGCUCUCAUAGUUACAGCAUUUCCCAUCGGGAUUCAGAGAGCACUCGGCAAGGCUCAGAGACUGAGGAUAUGAUUAUGGAUGACCUCCUGCAUGGCCCCCAGUGCCUAUCAUCAUAUGAAAGUGACAGCGAUGACAUUCUCUCGCAGAGCUGCAAUGGAGGGAAUAGGAAGGCAUCAACAAAAGAUGUUUUCCAACUGAACCAAUUAUUUUGGCUUCAGGACACUAGUCCAACAUCACAAAAAGUGAGUGCCUUAAUAUGGGAAAGGGAAGAGUUUAAGAAGAUCGAUAUGUCUGUGUUGGAUAUCAGUGGCAUCAUCAUGAAACAAGUGAGUUUCUAUAAACAUGGUUUGGGCUAUCAAAUGCUGGGAAACCUUGUCACAUUGUGUUUGGCUGUUUUUCCAUUCCUGUUCCAUCUUUUCCAUUGUCGGGAUGUUGAGCAAAUCAUUUCAGUGUCAAGAGAAGAGCUCCUCACAAUUUUUUGUGGAGGACCUCCAACGCCUAUUGUCUUAGCACUCUCGCUCAUUAACCUUGUGUUGCGUGCAUGUCUGACUUGGAUCUUCUUCUUCUUCAUGUGUGUGGCUGAAAGAACAUACAAACAGAGAUUCCUGAUAGCCAAGCUGUUCAGCCAUCUGACGUCAGCUAGGAAAGCCCUGAAAUACAAAAUUCCUCACUUUAGACUAAAUAAGAUUCAGAACAUAAAGAUGUGGCUGUCAUUGCGUUCAUAUCUAAAGAGAAGAGGACCCCAAAGAUCUGUGGAUGUGAUUGUGUCUUCAGUCUACUUAGUUACCCUUUCCAUAGCAUUCAUUUGUUGCGCUCAGGUCUUACAUGGAUAUACCACUUUUCUGAACUCCGUACAUAACUGGGAAUUCUUAAUUUGGGAGACAACACUCUUGAUUUUCCUUCUACGUCUGACUUCUCUGGGCUCUGAAACAAACAAAAAGUAUAGCAAUGUUUCAGUCCUACUUACUGAAGAGAUUAAUUUAUACCUUAAAAUGGAAAAGAAGCCAAACAAAAAAGAGAAACUCUCUUUAGUAAAUAAUGUCCUAAAGCUAUCAUCCAAACUCAUCAAAGAAAUUGACACACCUUUUCGACUGUAUGGACUUGCUGUGAACCCUUUAAUCUACAACAUAACACGCGUAGUCAUCCUUUCUGCUGUGUCAGGUGUCGUUAGUGACCUUUUGGGAUUUAACAUUAGGCUCUGGAAAAUAAAGCCAUGAACCUACGGAAAGACUCAAGACUCAAUCAAGAACGAAUGUUCAAAGUAUUAUUCCCACACUGUUUAGUAAGAAUAUUAAACUUGGUGAACUAUAGAAACUCUCUUUGAGAAGCGAUGAGUGGAUAAAAGCAUUAAUGCUGGCCUCCUCCACUGCCAGUAUAUGCAUCCAAAUUAUACGUAACAAGACUAAUAGCUCAAGUCAGAAGUGAGGUGUUCUAAUUUUAUUGCUGCAUUCAAGACAUACAAGACAGGAUCAAAAGUUCCCCCUUUGCAGUGAUGUCACACUUAGGGGGGGGCGUGGUGACAAGAGGGGAGAUAGGCAGCAGGAGCAGAAGAACCCAAACUAGGGGUAGGCAGUAGAAUUUUCAAAAGGUACUUGCCCAGUGUACCCCCUCCACCCUUGUUCCCUAGGCAGGUGACUCUUCUGCCUACCCCAUGUUUCAGCCCUGGUGUAGUGACACCUAGUGGUACAUAGGUUCAGGUUAUUGUGAAGAAGUAUUCUCACCAGUUUAGAGGCACCUUGGUACCCUCCAGUUAAAGCCUGUGUCCUUUUUAAAGCCUUUUUGUCCUUUUUCUGCUGAACAUCCCUACACAGGCAAGGUGUAUUCUGGGAGUGCUACUUCCACACUACUAUUUUUCGGUGAAGCAAAUGCUACUCUUGCACAUUAAGUCUGCUUAACUCAAAACUCCUAUGAGUGUGCCAAGACAGAAGCUGAUAUCCACUGCCUACAUCGUUCAUUGCAUCCCUAUUCCCCUACUACUUUAAGGUACAUAAGGUACAUUAGGGUAACAAUUUAGAUACUGGGGCCUAGCACAUCCACAUCUGGUACUAGAUGGAGAUCAGAGAGGUGCUCCCUCCCAUUAAAAUGGGUUGUUCAUCUUUAAAUUAAGUUUUAUUAUAAUGUAGAGGCUGUUAUACUGAGACAAUUUGCAAUUG